AUGAUACGUCAUCAAAUCAAAUUCCGUUUUCAGAUAUCAGGAAAGAAAGUGUGCACAGAACGCGUGUCUGAGAAAGUCACUUUGCACUUAAUCGCCUCCUCUACGAUUCGUCAUAUUAAGCUCAGUCAAUUGAACGCGAGAGCUUUUUUUAAAAAAAUGUUCAGAAAUCAAUAUGAUAACGAUGUCUCGACUUGGUCACCUCAAGGCCGUAUUCAUCAAGUCGAAUAUGCUGUUGAAGCAGUCAAGCAAGGAUCAGCUGCUAUCGGUUUGAGAAGUGAAAAAUAUGCUAUUUUACUCGCUUUGAAGCGUUCUAGUGGCGAACUUGCUUCGUAUCAAAAGAAAUUGAUUAAAAUUGAUGAUCAUAUGGGCAUUGGCAUUGCUGGUUUAACCUCUGAUGCUCGUGUGUUAAGUAAUUUCAUGCGUUCAGAAGCUAUGAGAUCUAAAAUGUUAUAUGACAGGCCUCUACCUACGCAAAGAAUUGUGAAUGCAAUUGCUGACAAGGCGCAAGUCAAUACUCAACAAUACGGCCGUAGACCUUACGGCGUUGGUCUUCUUGUGAUCGGUUAUGAUGAAACUGGACCACAUCUUUUCGAAUGUUCUCCUGCAGGAACUAGUUUUGAAUAUCAUGCCAUGUCCAUUGGUGCACGAUCUCAGUCUGCUAAAACAUACCUUGAAAGAUAUUAUGAAGAAUUCAAAACCUCUUCUUUAGAAGAACUUGUUCGCCAUGGCCUUCAAGCACUUCGCGAUACAUUACAGCAAGAUAAAGAUCUUAAUAUUCACAAUACAUCGCUUGGUAUUGUUGGUGAAAAUCAUCCAUUUGAAAUCAUUGAAGGUGAGGAAUUACAGAAAUACCUGGAUUUACUUGGUGAAGAAACAGGAAGAACAAGACCAUCAGGUCCCGGUGCACCAACAACAACGACUUCAACCAUGACGGAUGUAAAUGAUGAACACGGUAUUGAACAGCCCGAUCCUUCUGUUGCUGUUGCGACUGAAGCAGCAGAUCCAAUGGAUACAGAUAAUUAA